AAGAGUGCCUGCAUCUUCUCCAAAGCUUGUGGGAAUGGUGCGUGAGAACUGCCGCUAAAAAGGAAAAGACUUUGGCAAUGAUCAUCCUCAAUCAUUUCUUCCAAAAGUUGCUUUACCACCCGCUGAGUGAGGUGAGGCACUGCAUCGCACCAUUACUCUUUAGCAAGGAUGGCACCUACACCCAUGCUACUGAACUUGGAAACAAAGUGGUCCUAGCUGAUCCCAGCCACGUGGAGGCAGCUCUCCAACAACACCUGAAGGUCACCAUCCCUGAUCUUACCCUCACGGGACAUAUGAAGACAAAGGGCAGUAGCAUUGUUGUGCAAGGUAUCACACCUGUAGGCAAGGCAAAGAUCUACAUAGCCAAACAACAGACCCUGAAUGACAUCUUGCAGACGAAUGCCACUGACAGUGACUGUGAAAGGUUUCAAGAGAUGAUCAAAAUAGUGACUCUGUGUCAGGAUAGGGAGUCCAUCGUCAAGCUGCAAAUGUCCAGUGCCUGCGGAGUGCCUCCGCUGUACGUGAUGGAAGAUGGGAACCCGCUGUUGGCUUUUCUUCAGGAAAAAAGAAAUAAGCUCCCCCAGUCCAUUAUAACAGGCAUUUUAGAAGAUAUUGCCAGAGCUGUUGGGUCAUGUCACCAGAAAAGGGUCUUACUUUGCAACAUCACUCCAGCCAGCUUCAUUGUGGUUGCAGGUGGACGACAAAGAACCGGAGAACUUCAAGUGCAGGUCAAGCUCUGUGAUUUCUUCCAGGCCAGGCUGGCUCCCCCAGAGGAUGAGAUACACUAUUCACCUUCUGAUUGCCCCUAUGAAACCAUCAAAUCCGGGCAUCUCAGAGGAGACAGUGAGGAGCUGCUGUCCGUAUACUUCAGUGCUCCCGAAUCCCUGCAGUAUCACGUCUUCUCCGCUUUCUCCGAUGCGUGGGCUGUGGCUGCGACAUUUUACUCCAUUCUCCUGUACGGCGGGCAAACAUACUUUGAGCUCAGGUACUUGCCUGUGUCCAGAUUCAUAGAAGAGGUAAGUGGCUUUCUCUGGGGAUGAGGAAAGCAUCUCUUCUGCUGAAUAGGGAUGUGUCCUAAUGCCAGAGGGUGUUAAGGGUGUGAAGGGACGCUAAUAGUGAGAAAUGAACAGGAGCCAUGAAAAGUACUACCUCUUUCAGCCUGAGAUGCUGAAGCUCACAUUUAAUUUGGUCUUUCAAACCUGUGGACCUUGAUAAAACAUCUGAAUCUGGGAGAGUGUCCUUGGCCACACAAACAGGCGGUCCUUAUCUGACUGGUUACACAUCUGUGUGUGUAGUCUGGAUAAGCUCCACUUUCCCCAAGGUAAAUGGAGAACUGAAGACUCCAGAGAGGUGAUCAGGUCAUCCAGAAAGAUGGGAAAAUCUGCAUAUUAUUACAAGAAAUCCGGAUAAAUAAGCAUAAAGACUUGCUGUAGCAGCUUGUGUAGGGUAGACUAAAGCUGCAGUUUCUGCUCUGAGUACUGUACGGAGUUAUUGUAUCAGCUCAGUGAAAACCGCUUCUACUUGGAUAUUGUCUCUGCUUUGGGAAGGGAGUAGGGUCUGAUACCCCUGUGCUUGAAAGAUCUAUGACUGUUGUGUUGGAAACUGACAAUAAGAAAAACAGACUGAGGCCAGCUGUGGUAUAAAGGGGUUUAAUCUUUCAGAGGUGAAGUCAUCAAGGGAAACGCUGCAUGGCAGCCAGGUUAGCAGCAGUUCACAAAUCUCAACGGUGCUGCACACUGGUGUUAGGGAACUGGAAGAGUGAAAGGGGUAUUUAGAUGGGUCAAAUUCUGCUCCAUUAUGUUGGUGUAA